AUGUGUACUGUAAGUGGAUACACAACGCACUUUACAUCUAUGUCCGAGUUUGUUUGGCUCAACAUCAUGUGUUUCGACAUCUACUGCACGAUCACCAGAAGUAGUGAACGGACGACGACUGAUCGAAAGAAAUUUCUGUACUACUGUCUGUAUGGUUGGGGUGCACCCCUGCUAUUUCUGUCGGUGAUUCUUCUUUUCGAUCACACGGAGCUUAUAAGCUACAAAACGGUUUCGAUUAUUGGUGAGAAAGGAUGUUUUCUCGAUGUCACGAAUUCGGUGAUGUUUGUAUACUAUUACUUACCAAUGAUGAUAAGUACCAGUGCGAGCAUAGUCCUGUUUGUCAAAUCCGCCAACCACAUUACCCGUACAGCGCGGUCAGACGUCGAUAGAAAAGAUUUCAAAAGAUAUAGGUUAUACCUAUGCUUGUUCUCCCUAAGGUGUGCAAUCUGGAUACCAUAUUUCAUUGGCUGGCUGCGGACUUAUCCGCGGUGGCUUCAAUAUGUUAUGGCCGAUUUUGAUAGUCUUUCAGGCAUAAUAAUCUUUUUCUUGUUAGUUUGGAAGCAAAACAUAAAGCAGCUAUUACUUCAACGAUUCUUCAAAAGGAAAAUUACGCCCAGAAAUGACCACACCGCGUACUCCAGUUCUCAACCAGUCCAUUUUAGUAGCUUGACUAACGGUGAUCAAACGUCGUGA